AUAAAAGCAACGAUGAAUAAAAUGUGUCACGUGCGUGCAAUUGUGUAAUGUUCUAAACAAUUUGGAAGCAAAAUACAUGAGCAAAACAAAAACAAUAGCAAUUGCAACAAUAUCAACAAAAAGGGGAUCAAAAAACGAACACACACCCAAACAAGAAAAGAGAUGGAAUAUGAAUAAAACAAUGUAAUUAAAUGUGAGACUCAACUGAAGCUCAAAGGCAUUCUAAACAUAUUUUGACGGCUCUGAAGGCAUAAUUGAAUGUAAGCAACCCCUCCACACCAGUUAGCCAAGCAACAAGAGCCAUAUACACAACGGUUUGCCGGCCUGCCUCUCUGCUUUUUACAUUGUGUGGCUACUCAGCACAUUGUUGUGUAGUGCUCAGCACUCACAACGCCACUCGCUCACCAAUCAAACCAACCAAGCCAGCGAACAAGCAAGCAAAAUCAUUCAGUUAACCAACUAACUGACUGGCUCUUGGCAUUUGUUGCUUUUGUUUCAUUUUAUUUGAACGUCGACGUCGCAGUCAACGAUUUUACAACAAACGCACCUAAGUACAUACAUAUUCACAUGCAUACACAAAUGUCGUUGGUUGAUUGUGUCGAUGACGAUGACGCCCGAACGCUGGGAUUGACUGACUGAGUCACAGCGGCAGUUCAUGCCUUCAUUGUUUAUAGCGGAGUGUUGCUUACAAGCGCGCUAUUGUUGUUGCUGUGAGUUUUGUUUGGAGCAGACACACAUACACGCGCGCACACAAGCAGAGACAUACAACGAAUUGUGUGGAGCUUCGCAUGUGGCUAGCACUGACGUUGGCCGGCAGUUGCAUUCGACGCGCCAACGGAACGGGUCGUGUCUAUAGUCUACGUGAGUCUGGCACGGCGAGUGUUAGCGAGUACGCGUGUCGUUAAGGUCGUCAACGCGAAUUUUUCCGCUUAGCGAUUCACCUAUAGUCACGUAUAUAUAGAAAAUAUAUAUACAAUAUUGUUGUUUUUGUAGCUACGUCGGUUGCCGUUUGUCGUCAGCAGCAGCGUUGUCAACGCCGUCAUUAGCGGUUCGUGUGUGUAUGUGCGCGCAGUGCUUUUGGGCUGUAGAUCAUGCCAAAUACGGGCCGGCAGUUGACAGGCUAGCACAGUGUGAAUUAGAAUAGAACCAAGUGACAACGAGUGCUCUGCUUGGUUUGGCCAGAAACGGGCGUGUAAAUAAUCCAACAAGCGCAGGCAAAGCAAACGCAAGCAAAAGCCGCAAAAAAUGCAUAGAAGUGUGAAAACUAAAAAAAAUGUGAUUUUUCUAAAGAUUUCGAAGUGUCCACGAAAAAAUAUAAAAAAUAUAAUUUCGCAAAUUCAGGCAAGCAAGUGCACUGAAGUUGGCAGCAACAACAAUAAUAAAGUGUAGUGCGUACAACAUUCCAGUAGCUAAGCAGAAGCAGAGCUGAAAAAGUAUUGAAAAAAAAAUUAAAAAAAUAAAAUAAAAGAAAACCGCAUUCACUGUGUGCGUGUGUGAGUGUGUGCGAUCAUUUCAUUGUGCUGUGCGCAGGCGUGCACGCCCUACCCUUACGGCAGCUGCUCCCAGUAACCAACAACAACAACCAUUACUACAACAAAACAAUAAAAGCAAAUUAAAAGUGUUGUUGUUGUGUGUUUCCUCGUAGUUAACGAAUUCCUUUCAAUUUUUUUUUUGUGUUUGUUGUUUCUGUGAUUUUUUUGCGCGCGCGCUCAAAUCGCUUUGUUGCCUAGCGAAAUGACUGAUUCCAUGAAAUUAUCCGAAAUGCAACGCAGUAGUAUCGAAUUCGAACGUCAACGACACUUGGCCAACUGGUUUAUCAAGAGUAGCCCGCACAUGGCAACACCAACCACUGUCGGCAGCGUUGCAACCACAGCAACAACAACGGCAACAGCAGCUGGUGCCACAACAGAUACGACCACUACGAGCGCCGUAGCAGCAGCAGCAGCAACAACAAUAAAAAAUACAGCGUCAUCAACAACAAAUCUAGUAGGUGGCAACCAUACAAAUGGCAUGUCGUCGUCGUCAGCCGCCGCACAUCAUCAGCAACAGCAAUUGAAUGCUAAGCAUCACAGCAGUUGUGGUGGCGGCAGCAGCGCUAAUCCACCGCCUCCUGUCUUUUUCUUAGUCUCCAACAAUGGCAACACAAACGGCAAUCUUGUCAAUGGCAGCAAGCACAGCAGCAAUGCGUCACCGGCUGCUACAGGUGUUGCUACGCCGCCCAAUGCGAUAAGUGCUGUCUCCGGCGGUCCGUUAGGCCAUUUCGGGGCGGUCGAGGGACGCAAACCGAAAUUGCGACGCUUCAACUCGCACGACACCAGCGCUAACAUGUUCUCCGUGGCGGACUUCGAGAAUGCACGUCUGGCGCGACGCAAUGAAAUCGAAAUGAAACAGCGUUUGGCACGACGCAUGCGCAUGAGUGCCGGCGGUGGCGGUUAUGGCUCUGCGGCCGUUGGCGGUAUGGGCGCGAAUCUGGCCGGUGGCAAUGGUUGCGGACUGGGCGCUAAUGGCAAUGGCAGCGGUGCGGGCAACUGUGGCAAUGGCAGCAUGUGUGGUGGCGGCGAUUACUCCACCGGUGACAGCAAAGCAUCCAAGUACAGCAAUGAGUCCCAGCACGAGCCUCUACCUGCGGACAUCUUUCUCGAUCGCUAUUCAUUGCCGCGCGUAGUGCGUAUCUCGUACAAGACGAAGUUCUCCGACGAAACGCUACAGUCCUCUUCAUCGAAUGGCUCGUCCACGGCCACAACACACACCACCGGCACCAGCGCCUCGAACUCGUCGGUUAGCGCUUGUGGCAUGACAGUGGCCAUUAACACCGGUACCUCCUCAUCGACGGCCUCCUCAAGCGGCAAUGUGAAUGCGCACAGCUCGGGUGCUACGAAUACGAGCAGCAGUGGUGAAAGAGUGACCGCCAAGCACUCCACCUCGCACAACACAACAGUUUCGACAUCGACUGCAGCAGCAGCAGCGGCGUCGUCGGCAACUCAGUCAAAUACAGCAAUUAACGGUAAUGGCAACGCCGAUACGGAUCAUCGCGAUCACGCCGAUCAUGGCGAGCUGUUCUUGCUUUAUCGGCUAAUACGCCAGCGUCACAUUUUUCAUGGGCAUAAUGCCAAAACGGCGGCGGCGAGCCGCAAGAAAGGUGUGCUGAUUCCGCAAGAAUUUCCAGGCUACUUUUCGCUGCUCAAUGACAAGGGUAUACCCACAGCCACGCUCUACACCUCACUGAUACAGUUGGUGCGCGAACGUGUUUACAAAUUCGUCUCAGUCGACAAUAUGCCCGCCUUCACGGAAUCCCAACCCAACGUAAAUAACCCACCCACAGAGGGUUGCAUACCAAUAUAUACACAACCACCGCCACCACCGACCAACAAUCGUCCACAGUAUGUGAAGACGACAGCGCGAGGUGGUCAAGUCUUUCGACUGCUAGCCGUUUUCGAAGAUGGCAAGCAAGAUCACACGACAAUCGGUUGUACCGGUGGUGUUACAACAAAAGCGAAUAACAAUCAUGGGCGUGAGAAGGAGAAGGGACGCUAUGCGCAAUUGCUGAAUGAGAAUCGACAGGUGUUGUACGUAUCGCUCUCCACGAAGGGCAAAUUCUACGAGAUCGAACCGGGUAUACCACAAAUACUGCAGAAACUCGGUGGUAUCGGCAAUGAGAAUAAGAAAGUCAAUCCGGAUUGUGUGCAUCGCAUUACGACGCUGAUAACGCCACAACGGGAGUUGCCGUUAACGCUACGUUACAUAUCCGGACCGCAUGGCUGUAGUAGCGCGAUACCCGAGAAUGUUUGCGUUACACACAUAACCACUGAGCAUGUGGUGAUCGCCUGUCCCAUCGAGGAUGUGGAAGUGCAAAGUCCAUUGCAUUUACGUAAGCUGCAUCUAUCCAAAGAGAUGAAUUUGUUGAAGAGCUCACUGGGUUUCGAGAGUGAACAACGCAUGCUGGCAAAUCCCAAUGUGCAAAAUAUAUUGAAGUUCUGUCAAUUCAAUUGUGAUCAAUUUUUGAAGAUGGUUGAGGUGGAGAUACUGCACCGUCCGGAGCGCUCUGGUUCGAAAAGUCGUGGUGAAGGUUUGAAAAUUUUGAAACCACUACAUCUACCAAAGCUGCUGCGACGUGAAAAGACCACAAUACCAGCGCAUGAGAAGGAAGACUCCAUAAUCUUUCUCAGCAAAUCGGAUCUCGCUAAUCUGGAGGCAAAAGAAGCAGCCGCACAAGCAGCCUUUGAAAGCGCAGCAAGCAGCACCAACCGCAUAAGUGAUAAGAUGAAAGUUUUUCAGUCGACAAAGAAGAAAUGGUUCCGUAAACAGGACAAACAUGCAGCGCACACAAUGACCUCCUAUGAACUAGAUGUGCAGGCGAAGCGCAUGAGCAUGGAACGCUAUUCGGAUAUGUCGAAGCUGUUACAGGAACGUUUCGGAGACAAACCAAAUACGCAGCCACAAGACGCGCAUGAAUCCAUUUCAGAACCGAGUGGUGGCGCAUCGGAUAUCGGUUGCUCUGAUACGGAGACCACAACUUUGGCGACUAUUGAUGAAAAAUUCAAGAAAGUCGAAACGAGCGGCAACAAAAUGAUCACCAAAUCCAUGUCGCUGCAGGAUAUUGAGCUUAUAAGUGGCGGCGCCGCUGCACGCAAACCUGAUUUGCUACCAAACACCGAUACCAUCUCAGAGGCGGGCACCGAUCUUGAAGAUCUCGAGAAUCAGGAUCUCAUGCCACAGUCUUUUAUAACCGAAAAGCUUUAUAAUGAGUUCCACGUCAAAACGCGGCAGUACAGCAAAUCCUCCUCGAGCCUGCAUCAGCUCUUGAAUUUUUCAUUACCACAAAAAAUGCAGUUACACGACAACAAACGUUCGCUGGCGCAACUGAAGCACCAUGGCAACAAUGGCGUCUUAGCAGCAAAACCAACGUUAGGUGACAAACGACUUGAUUUCAACAUCGGCGAACCCGUAACUGGCAGACGUGCCGCUGGCGGGCUUUCACUGCUUGCCGGCAACGGUGGGCUGGGCCAUUCAAGCAAUCACACUGCGCUCGCCUCACCGCUCACACCCACCAGCCUAAUUGACGACCUGCCCUACUCAAGCGUGCGCGAUUCGCUGGUGCUCUCAAGCGACGAAUCGGCUUCGGAAAAUCCGGCGGGCAACAUUUGUCAGGCACUCAACAUGAUCGACUACAACAAGGAGAAUAUCUAUGCAGAGAUAUGUCAUGACAAUGUUAGUCACAAUGCCGCAGCCACAGCUGGCACCACGGUCUCGGCUAUGGGCGGCAUUUGUACAUCAGCCACGCGUGACACUUUUUCCGCUGAAACACACUCCACAGAGAUCUCGGACGAUUACGGUGAUUACGCAUCGCUAACGUACACCACAAUCGCACAGCCGUUUAACGGUAGUGCACGCAGCGCGAGCAUUGCCAGCGCGCUCAGCAAGUCGACGAGCGGUCAAACUGUGGUCAGCGCAAUAGCGCCACCCGCAGGACUCGCGAUCAGUCGCGUACAAAUCAAUUGCAGCUCCGUCAGUCCGGUGAGCUAUCACACGGUAUAUUUGGGCGACGAGCCGUUGCACAACGACAAACAACGCGACCGCGCGACAAGGCGUGGCAAAGUGGGCAGCAAGAGUCGCGCGCAUGUCACCACAGUGGCGCUGGAGGGUAACUCGACAACGGCCAAUGAUAUGCACAACAACAGCAACAGCAAUGGCGGUAGUAUUGGCGCUACCGCAGCAAGCAUUGCAAACGAACUGGAGGAGGUGGCUGACAAUAUUUACAAUACACUGAAAUGAUGACUAAUGUGAUUUAGUUGGAAAUUGGGUGCAUCGGUGUUGAGCAUGAUAAGCAACGGCAAGGGGUUCUAUUGAGCCGUCGCGGCGUUGCCAACACACUUGCUCAGCAGCAAUUCGAACUGAGUGCGUGAGAACUAGUGAUUAAAUCUAAUUUAAUAUUAAACUACGAUUCGAACUGCUCGAAAGAGGAAACAGAUAUGUGAUGUUUAGGGUUUUCUAAGCGAUAAUGAUAAAGGUGCGUUUAGAAGGUAUUUUUUUUUUUUAAUAAUGAAGAUACAUAUUGAUAUGGCUUUAGCUUAGUGUGGAUGGCGUGGGAUUUUGUAUUUAAUUAAGUGUAAUAGAUAUAGAAAUAUAUAUCGGUAAACUAUAGUUUUAACCAAGAUGAACUCAAAGACAUGCAAAAGUUCGAAAUUUAAAUACAUUAAGAUACAUUUGUCAACAAAAUAUAACCAGGAAGCUUGUGAGAGUGACUUCGUGUAAUCGAAAAAGGCGUAAUUUAUUGUGUUGAGAAUGAAACGAACAGAUAGAUGUGCUAUAGUCUAGAUCAACUUUCAGUUAGGAAAGUGAGAGACUGAACAAUUUUAAUAACUUUUUUUGGUUUAUCUCCGAUUUUUGACAUGUUUCGAAGUAUCCAACUGUCCUAACUCGAAUAGACUACUCUAUUUGUUACAAUAAUAUACUAUUUUUGAAAUCUCUCUCAAUUUGUAGCUCUUUUUGUGAAU